AUGGCGGCCUCCAAAGGCGGUAACGUGGACAGGGGUUCCAGCAGCACAGAUGGUGGCUGGUUUUUGACACUCGCUGUCGGCGUUUCUUUAUUGAAAUGUCUCCUCAUACAGACAUACCAUUCUACAGACUUUGAGGUUCAUAGAAAUUGGCUUGCUAUCACACACAGCCGACCUGUCUCCCAGUGGUACUAUGAGGCAACAUCUGAGUGGACACUGGAUUAUCCUCCUCUUUUCGCCUGGUUUGAGCGCUUACUCUCUUCUGUUGCUCAAUACUUUGACAGAGAGAUGCUGAAGGUGGAAAACCUGAACUACGCCAGCCAGGAAACGAUUAUCUUCCAAAGACUUUCUGUCAUUGUCACAGAUGUCCUCUUCAUAUAUGCUGUAAGACAAUGUUGCGAAUGUGUGAAUGGGAAGACGAGUCAGAGGGAUCUCCUGCAGAGGCCGGCUUUUAUACUCGCUGUCCUGCUUCUGUGGAAUUUCGGGUUACUUAUUGUCGACCAUAUUCACUUCCAGUAUAACGGCUUUCUGUCUGGUAUUAUGCUACUGUCAAUUGCUCGCAUAUUUCAGAAAAGACACUUGGAGAGUGCUUUUCUCUUUGCUGUUCUUCUGAAUUUCAAACACAUUUACCUCUAUGUUGCUCCAGCGUAUGGGAUAUAUUUAUUACGAUCCUACUGCUUCACAGGAAAUAAUCAAGAUGGAUCCAUUCGCUGGAGAAGUUUCAGCUUUCUACGUUUUCUCUCUCUCGUUUUAAUUGUCACUUCUGUGUUUGCGGCGGCAUUUGGACCAUUUGUAUAUAUGGGGCAAUUACCUCAAGUCCUCUCUCGGCUUUUUCCUUUUAAAAGAGGUCUGUGCCAUGCUUACUGGGCUCCUAAUUUCUGGGCAUUGUAUAAUGCUAUGGAUAAAGCUCUUUCUGUUGUAGGAGUAAAAGCCCAGCUGAUUGAUCCUUCAGUUCUUCGCACAGGUUCCAUGACUGGAGGGUUAGUCCAGGAGUUUGAACACAGUGUCCUUCCCUCUGUCACACCACUGGCUACAUUAAUUUGCACCAUCCUAUCCAUCCUGCCAUCUGUUUUCUGUCUAUGGUUUAAGCCACAAGGACCUAAAGGAUUCCUCCGCUGCUUAAUCCUGUGUGCGCUCAGUUCCUUCAUGUUUGGGUGGCACGUUCAUGAGAAAGCUGUCCUCUUAGCCAUACUACCAUUAAGCAUGUUGGCAGUGAGCAGUGCAAUGGACGCUGGGAUAUAUCUGAUCUUGGCUACGACUGGUCACUUAUCUCUCUUCCCCCUUCUCUUUACAGCACAAGAGCUCCCCAUUAAGAUCUUCCUGAUGUUGAUGUUCUCAGUGUUCAGUAUCUCUUCUUUGAAGUCCCUGUUCAGGAAGGAUGGAACUCUGCUGAACUGGCUGGAAGUGCUGUAUCUCUGUGGCUUGGUGCCGUUAGAAGUGUUCUGUGAGGUUGUCUACCCAUGGACUGCUUGGAAUCGGCACCUGCCUUUUAUUCCACUACUGCUAACUUCAGUAUACUGUGCGUUGGGUAUCUGCUAUGCUUGGCUUAGACUGUAUAUUUCUGUGUUUACUUUAUCAGCAGCUGCCAAGAAGAAGACUCAAUGAAGACAAUCUCCUGGCCAAGGCAAAAAUAAAGGUGUGAUGUAAAUAGAUCUUUAAAUAAACUUUUUACAACAAUUUC